UAUGAUUUGCAUCUACUUUGGCCGUGAGGGUGAAGACUAGAUUGCGGAGCUGGACCGGGAGUCUCUUGCCGCGGACGGGCACAGGCCAGGGACCUCGAUUCGCGUACCCAACAUUGUCCAAGUUGACACAUGCACCUCGACCGUCGCAGCUGCCUCACGCGCAGUACCCGGCUUACAUGCGCUGAAUGAACGAUUGGCUUCUCCUCUCAAGAUUCUCGCCAUGAUCUCGAAACGACAGCCAUCGGCAUGGCUCCCUACCGUCGCAUUACUUUCCUUCUUGACAUCCCUUGCAACAGCAUUAACCGGCCAGGAGCCCAUGAAGAGCGUGGAAGAAGCACGAGGGUAUAAUCCUGGCGAGAUCAUUCCAGUCAGCUGUUUAAACCGAACCAUAGAAACCGGUGAACAUAUCACAGAUGCAGCCGGCCACCUCCAGUACAUACCUUUCCCAACCUGCAACGAAACGGGCCAACCCCUCCACCUAAACUUCGGCGUCGAAAAAGACGUGAACUGCACCAUAGACUUUGUGACCGACGAGUUCUUCCACCUUCUCGAGUUCUACAUCCACAACGAUGCGCCCCUGUCGUGCCGCAUUCCCUCGAAACCCUUGCCACCUUCCGUCAUGGAAACAGAGUAUCGUGUAAGCGACGACAGCACACAGGAAGGCGCAUUAGGAACUCAGAGCACAAUGUACACACCUCUGAUCAUAGCCUUGGCGGGGACACUGCAGUUAAGCCACUUGCACGUGGGAAACUAUUUGAACUUGCUGGUCCAUGCAGGGCCCAAGAGCGUGGCGCCUGGAACGGUGGAUGCUGCGACUGCAUAUUCCGUGUCAAGCCAUACAAGGAAUACCAAGAUUACCAUUGGGGAUCCGUUGAGUUUGGCGUUUAGUGUGAGGUGGUAUCCAAGCACUACGCUGCCUCCUGGCUGGAGUGGAUAUGGUGGACAUAUCUAUACUAGUACUCUGGUGUACUGUUUCUUGAGUGCUGUGGCGAGUGCAGCCGUGUGCGUUGUUUACUUCCGUGGUGUUGAACUGCCCAGACGGUUGAAGAGGUAUGCUACAGAUAGGAUGAAUGGCGGUGGAAGAGGAUUUGGCAACGGAGGUAGUGGCUAUGGCUUGCCUGUAGCCAACGGUCGAGGAAGUGGCAUGGGCAGUGGCUACGGAUUAGGCGGGUAUGGAUAUGGAGGUGGAGGCAAGAGAGUCGACUGAAACAAACGCAAUUCACAUGCUAGAGUGUAGGAUAGUCAGACGCGAAAUUAUACUUCAACGUGUCCAUUGGUAUUUCGUGAUAUCAGUACUAUAUAUGCAUCCUUCAGGUGGUUGCUGCGUAUCCAGCCUCCAAUCAUCAAAUCAUUCAGCCAUUAAAGCCCCGCACAACACUUCACCAGCCGCUUACAAACUGGCCUUCUUCUUGAAAGCGUUGAUGAGACCGCUUGUGCUAGCAUCGUGAGAAGUAGACUCCUUGUCGUCGUCAAGCUCAGACUGGAUCUUCUUGGCCAGCGACUUGCCGAGCUCGACACCCCACUGGUCGAAGCUGUUGAUGUUCCAGAUGGCACCCUCGGUGAAAGUGAGGUGCUCGUAGUAGACGAUCAAGGCACCAAGAGUGGCAGGUGUGAUCUUGUCGGCCAAGAU